AUGCCCUCUUUUUCAAUUUCGUCUCGUGGGAAUGGGGUUCUUGUGAAUGGAGCUCUGCAUUGGAUUAUGACUUCUAAAAAGUGUGAAUGGAGCUCUGUAAUUGUUUAUUUUGAUUUGAUGGAGGAGAAGUUUAAGGAGGUGCCGAAACCGGAUUGUGGGAGUAAAUUUGGUAAAUUGGAUUUGGUGGAUUUGAGAGGAUGGCUUUGUGUGUAUGGAUGGAGGGAUCAAAGAGUGAUGGAGGUAUGGGCAAUGAAAGAAUAUGGGAAGAAGGAAUCAUGGAUUAAAUUGAUUACCAUCCCAAUUCAAAUAGAAAGCAACUUUUUUUGGUCCUUGAAGCCUUUGUGUUUGAUGAAGAACGGUGAAGUUUUGGUGGAAACAGGCAACAGCAGGGAACUAGCAGGGUACAGACCAAGGGAAGUUUAUGUGGAAAUAGGCAACAGCAGGGAACUAGCAGUGUACAAUCCAGAAGAAGGUACAAUUAAGCCUCCACAGUGCUUUUGGUAUUAUGGUUUGAGAGCUGCUACAUAUGUGGAGAGUCUAGUUUUACUAAAUGAUGGCGAUUACACCACUAAGGUGUGA